AUGUUUCCUGCCUUCUCCGAUACCUUUGAUCUGAAUAACACCCAACUUCUGCUCAUCACUGGCGUGUGUAUCCUGUCGUUUGCCUAUGUCAAUUUGAUCAUCGUUCCAUGUGCCAAUAUCUUCGGACGUCGGUUUGUUUUCAUCGCGUUCUUGUCGCUCAGCGUCGCCUCUUAUGUCUGGGAGGCUCUCGCCUCCUCCUAUACGAGUUUCAUUGUGGCUCGAGUCGUAAACGGAGCAGGGGCUGCGGUCUGCGAGACCGUGCCCAUGCAGACUGUUGCGGAUCUUUUCUUCCUGUAUGAGCGAGGACGAUGGACUGUAGCUUUCUUUACCGCGGCCUCGUUUGGCUCUUUCCUCGGGCCGGUCAUCUCAGGGAAUAUCACACAAAGAUUCGGAUGGCGUAGCUUCUUCUGGCUUUCAAUGGCCAUGACCUGCUUCAACAUCGUCACUAUCCUCCUCUUCUGCCCGGAGACGAAAUACCACCGUGACCCCGCGUCCAAACCCCCCCGACAUACGGCGCACAUAUCUCUGAAACCAGACACUGAAGGGUCCCCCACAGACACCAGCCCGACCGUAGACUCAAAAGAAAUUUACUCAACCCAACCACUACCCCCCAAGCCCGGGACUGGAUCCCCUUGCAGCGCCCAAUACAAGCUAUGGCAACCCCCCGACCCGCAAUGGAAAGCCUUCAUCCUGCGAGACACCCUCACCCCAUUCCGCAUAUGUCUCUACCCAAUCAUAUUCUGGGCUGCGAUGGCCAUCUCCGGCGUCGCGAACUUUGUUCUCUUCUGGAACCUCACUGAAUCAUCUGUCCUCGGUGCCCCGCCCUAUAAUUUCAACGCUUCGCAAGUUGGUUACUCCAACUUCGCCUUUCUGAUCGGUUGCAUAAUCGGGCUUGUCACGGCGGGGCCAUUAUCUGACUGGGUUGCGGUUAAAGCAACAGAGCGGAACAAGGGUGUCUAUGAGGCGGAGAUGAGAUUAUUGGGUCUUAUUCCCUUUGCUGCGUUACUACUCUUGUCGGUGUUGGUCGGGGCUUUUGCUAUCCUGGAUUUAUGGCCCUGGCCUAUUCUGCUGGUGUUUGGGUACGGACUUAGUGGACUGGUUGUCUCGCCGAUUUGUAGCAUUGCUGUUGCUUAUGCGGUGGAUUCGUAUAAACCUGUUUCUGGGGAGAUUAUGGCAGUCAUCACGAUUAUUAGAAACACUUUUGGGUUUAGUAUGAGUUAUUGGGUGCCGCCGUUGGCGGAGAGGAAGUUGGGGUAUUUUUUGCCUGCUAUGGUGCAGUUGGCGCUGACGUUUGGGCCGUUGGUUUUGGGCGUGCCGAUGUAUCUCUUUGGGAAGAGGUUGCGGGUCUGGACGAAGAAUUCGAGUGUUCAUUUGUAUGGGGGAUGA